AUGGCAAGCUUGGAUCUUUUGCGACAAUUGCAUUCGAUCGAAUUCGUGGUGGCGGUGCUUUUAAAUGUGCUUCUCUUGGUGUUGAUUUGUCGAAAAAUGACGAAAACGAUCGGCAGAUAUGCGUAUCUUUUGAUAUGUUUCUCGGUUUUCAAUCUCGUUUAUGUUACUGUGGAUUUUCUGAUUGCACCGACAACAAUGGUCUCCGGACGAACAUUUCUGAUUGUUUCAAAUGCUCCAAUUUUUUCGUCGAAACUCGUCAAUUACAUCUUGCUGCUCGUCUAUUGUGGUCUUUUCUGUCAAUUGAUUGUUCUCUUGAUGUUUCAAUUUAUUUUUCGCUAUUUUGCGGCAAGCGGUCUCAUCUGGGUGUUCGAUCUCCAUUUCUACUUGGACAAUUCUUUCAUCUAUCAAGAGCCGACAUUCAAUGAAAUGGCCAGGGUUUUCUAUGAGAAAUUUCAAGAAAAUCUCUCCGAUUUCAGCUGUAUGGGAGAAAGUUUUGAGCCGUCUCUUGGCGUCUCUCAAUGGAAACUAUACCUGGGCCAUCUUGUCCUAAUGAUCCUUUUGUUCUCUACAUGGACUGUCAUCAUCUAUUGUGGUUACAAAGUCUACAAAUACCUAUCAACUAACGAAGCAAAUAGCAGGAAAACAAAGCAUCUCCAGAAAGAGCUCUUCAAAGCAUUGAUGAUUCAAAUGUUCAUUCCUUUAAUUUGCAAUUAUUUACCCCUUACACUCAUCAACUAUUCGGCGAUUUUUGGGUUCUCGAUUGAUCUCGAACCAAUGUGUGCCCUUAUGAUGAUCGAUCCAAUUUUGGAACCCUUGGCCAUCAUUUAUUUCAUUCGCAGCUAUCGG